AUGGAUGGAAAUAAAACUUUAAUGGUAACAAGUUUGAUUAUUAUUAUGGUUAUGUUUUUUUAUAUGCUAAAUAUUCACUCACAUUCAGUGAAUAUUUUACAAUUCUGGAAGAAUAAACCUGUACUUAAUUCUACUAAACAAUGUACCAUCAUUUUACGUCAUGGUCUUGGCCGGCUUGGAAAUCUUUUAUUUCAGUUUGCGUCAGCCUAUGGUUUAUCACUUACAUAUUCAUGUCGAUUGCAUCUAGAUCAACAACUUAUUGAUGAACUUCAAAAAUCAUUCGAAAUUAAUUUAACCAAUUUAUUACCAAAAUCACAAUUGAAUAAUUCUACUUUGACUAACAAAAUAUACAAUCAUUGCUCAUAUAUUCCUAUUCUUUUAAAUUCAAACAACAGUUAUUCGACUGAAUUGUCAGGAUAUUGGCAAGUAUAUAGAUAUUUUAUCGAUCAUAUAGAACAAAUAAAACAACAAUUACGUUUUAAACAAUCAAUUCUCGAUCAAGUCAAUAAUUUCUUCGAUAAAAAUAUUAGUAAAAAUGUUUCCACUUCCGUAGGCAUCCAUAUUCGACGAGGAGAUUUCUUAGGUGUUCGACGUGUUUCAUCUGCCAAAUAUAUAUUCGAUGCAAUGUCUCAUUUUCUAGUGAAGUAUCAUUCAGUUAUAUUUAUUAUAACAUCAGAUGACAAGCAAUAUUGUCGAAAAACAUUUGGUGAGAAAAAUAAUGUAUUAGUGACACCCGAUUCAUUCAGUGCUGCUGAUGAUUUGGCUACAUUGACUCUAUGUAAUCAUACUAUUCUUACUGUAGGAACAUUUGGAUGGUGGGGAGGUUUUCUUUUACAUAAUAGAUCAGGUGAUGUAUUAACUGAUUCAAAACCGGAUUAUACUCCUCUUGAUGUUGAUUGUCGAAAAGAUGAUUUUUUCCCACCAUGGUUUUCAUUUUUAAACAAUACAAAUUAA